AUGGCUUCAAUUACAGCGCCUGCGCGCGCUCAGAACUUAUCUGCGCUCCUUGAAAAUCUCAAGUCAUGUCUUACUAGUGCUGCUUCGUCCUUGCCAGCUUCCCGCAAGGAAGCCUCCUCCGACGUCUCGAUCGAGCCUCCGCAAGAUGGCAUUUCGCUUCUCGACAGCAAAAGCGAAAUUCUCCUCUCCUAUCUCCACAACCUCGUUUUUCUCAUUAUUUUCCAAUUGCGAAACGCUUCGUCCAAAAACGCCCCAGAGGACUCUAAAGAUGUUGCGGAUGCCACCAUCCGGGAGGAGACUGUGAAAAAGCUGGUUGAGCUCCGAGUCUUCCUCGAUCGUGGUGUGCGCCCGCUGGAGGGACGUCUGAAGUAUCAGGUUGAUAAGGUGGUGAAGGCGGCAGAGGAUGCGGAGCGGACGGAACGGCCCAGCCAGUCGCGCAAGUCCAAGAAGGCCGGCAAGGCUGGACAGGGCAGCGAUGAAGAUGCCAGCGACAGUGACGAUGACAGCGACGAGGAGGAUAUGGAUGAGAUGGCUUACCGGCCCAAUGUCUCUGCUUUCUCCAAGGCCAAACCGGAGGAGAACAAAUACCAAGCCAAAAACGCCACCCAAGAGCCGAGUGAUGGUAUCUACCGGCCGCCGAAGAUUAUGCCGACCUCUCUCCCCACCACCGAGCGCCGCGAACGGGUGGACCGUCGCCCACAACGGUCCAAUGUCAUUGACGAGUUCGUUAACGCCGAGAUGUCGUCCGCGCCUAUGGCCGAACCCAGUAUUGGUAGCACCAUCAUCGCCGGUGGCCGACAGACCAAGUCUAAGAAAGACCGAGAACGUGAGGCUGAUCGGACCCGGUACGAAGAAACCAACUUUGUCCGUCUGCCUAAGGAGACCAAGAAGGAUAUUGCCAAGCGGGGCGGCCUCCGGGACUCUACGUUUGGUGGAGAUGAAUGGAAGGGCCUUACGGAGGGUGCUGAUCGCAUUGAGCGUCUCACUCGGCGAGGCAAGAGUGGUGGAGUCGCUUUGGAGAAGAGUCGGAAGAGAAAGAACGAUGAUGGCCAACGCAGUGAUGGCGUUGGCAUGGGCGAGAUCUUCGACAAGCGCAGGAAGAAGAUUGAUAGCUGGAAGAAAUAG